GUAUGAUUCCGCAAGAUGAAGUCGUUCACGGCGAUCGCAGUUAUUUCGGUGGCACUGCUGGCACUUGGCUGCCAUGCCAAGCAUAUUGAGUCGAAAGUGGCCGACAAGGACUUCCUGGGAAAGCAAAAGUUUGUCUUCGACAUGCUGCAGCACAUCUACCAGGACGAUGUUUUUGUCAGUGAGUACCCUGCCACCUACGCCGAAUACAAGCCAUGGGAUCAUGUGGGCGACUACCAUCACCCCGAGUUGUUGGAGCAUUUCUUCGAGCUCUGGCAGCACCAUCCCUUCCAUGACGAUCAGGUGUGGUCCGUGAUGUACGAGCGCCAUGAGGAAUACGCUGUCGGUCUGGUGCGCCUCUUCUACUUUGCCAAGAACUGGGAAACCUUCCAGCACGCUGUCUUCUGGGCCCGCCAGCACGUGAACAAGCAGCUGUUUGUUUACGCCUUCACCGUUGUCACCAUCGCCCGCGACGACAUGCAGGGCAUCAUCCUGCCGGCUCACUACGAGAUCCAUCCCUGGAGCUUCUUCGGCGGCCAGACCCUGGAGAUGGCCGAGCACUACAAGAUGCACGGCUUCCACCACGUGAAGAAAAUGGACAACAUCUACAAUGUGGUGCUCAAGUCGAACUACUCGAACCAUUACGGUAACCUCAACUACGAUCACGAGCUGGCAUACUUCCUGGAGGAUGUUGGUUUCAACAGCUUCUACUACUACUACAACCUCGACUACCCGUUCUGGACCAAGGGUUCGGAGCACCAUGUGCUGAACAAGGACCGUCGCGGAGAGCUCUACCUGUACACCCACUGGCAGCUGCUCGCCCGCUGGUAUCUGGAGCGUCUUUCCAACGACAUGGGCGAGGUACCCACAUUCAACAUGUACGAACCGGUCGCCUCCGGCUACUACAGCGCCCUUCGCAGCUACAAUGGCGUUCCGGACUGGCACCGCGACAACCACCACAGCUUCUACCAUGAGCACAACAUCGAGCACAUCCAGGAAGUUGAGCUUUACACACAGCGUGUGAUGGACUGGAUUCACAAAAACGAAAAAUUCGAUGUGGAGGUGAUCAACCAGCUGGGAAAUAUCAUUCAGGGAAAUGCAGACAGCAUUGACAAGAAGUUCUACGGUAGCCUGGACAAGGAGUACCGUCACAUCGUGAACGGAGGACACCAAGUCGGCAAGCACUAUGAGAGCUUCCCCGGCCGUUUCAUGCACUAUGACACGUCGCUCCGCGACCCCCUGUUCUACGAAGUGUACAAGAACCUGGUCGGCCACUAUUGGCACCUCAUGGAGACCUUCCCCGAGUACAAGAAACACGACUACGAAUUCGAGGGCGUCAAGAUCGAUGCCGUUCACAUGCCCGAGAGCCUUACCACCUACUUCGAGUACUUCGAUGCCGACAUCAGCAAUGCUGUUAAUGUUGAGCCCGUUGUUCAGGAUAGCCACGAUAGCCUGUAUUCCUUCGGACGCAACUCACACUACAACGGUGUGAGCUACGUGAUCAAGGCGCGCCAGCAUCGCCUGAACCACAAGCCCUUCGAAUUCACCCUGGACGUCAGCGCCGACAAGGCCCAGGAUGCCAUUGUGAAGGUUUUCAUUGGACCCAAAUACGACGAGCACGGACACGUCAUCCCACUCGAGCACAACUACCAGAACUUCUUCGAGCUGGACCACUUCAAGGUCCAUCUGGAUGCCGGCGUCACUCACAUCAAGCGCAACAGCGGCGACUUCUUCAUCUGGGUCAACGAUCGCACCACCUACCUGGAGCUGUACCAAAAGCUGAUGGAUGCCUCCGUCAGCGAUUACAAGUUCAAGUUGGAUCAGUCUGAGGCCCACUGCGGUGUCCCCAACCGUAUGAUGCUGCCAAAGGGCAAGAAGGGCGGCCAGGUCUACCAGUUCUUCUACAUGGUCUAUCCCUUCCAUGAGACUGCCGUGGCCCAGUACACCGGCUACGAUCCAAUCAUCAGCUGCGGCAUUGGUCACGGGUCCCGCUAUGUGGAUGCGUUGCCCUUCGGUUUCCCCUUCAAUCGCCCAGUGAAGCACGAUUACUACUUCGAUGUGCACAACUUCAAGUUCUUCGACGUGAAGAUCUUCCACCGUGACGAGCACACCAAUGUGGCCUAGACAAACGAACGGAAUCGGAUGCAAUCACCUGUGUUCCACUCUAAUCUAUUAAUAUUAAUCCACUGCACCCAAACCCCAUAGAUCAAUUCAAUGUCACUUCCAAGUUGUCCACACCUUCCUUGCCACCAUUCAACAAUAAACUAAUUCCGAACACAAA